CCGCGUUCGGGGUUCGGUGGUUCGGUGGGCGUUCGGAGACGUAAUCAAACCAGACAAAAAUUUCUAACCUGUUCCAUACAACAUACUUCUAUUUCAGUUCUUUGAAUGACAAGAUUUCAACCUGAUUUUGCUGAACUCUUGAACAGUGUUUAGAAAAUAUUUAACUUAGUCAUUAUUAUGUCAUGAUGGCAGCAACUCACAUUUACGAUUUGACUAGGAAUUGUUACAUUAUUUCAAACCUGUACAUAAUUCCUUGAAAUGUAAUUUCAAAACAAACAAGCAUUAGCCUUUAACUGUAGUCCCAACCAGUGAUUCAAAAUGCCUCUACUAAAAUCACAGUCUCCACUUCCGUUGGAGGAGCUGUGCCUCUUAGCUGUUAUAAGAUGUCUCGAAACGGACCUCAUUUUAUGUGAGGUUGCCAAAGGCCUACAGGCUAACUCGCUUCUUCUUCGGAGAAGAGAUUUAAGCAUGACUAGAAUUUCUGAAGAGCUGAGGGAUUACAUGGCAUUCUUACCUGGUAUAUUGAGUGAAAUGGUCCGUCAAAAGAUUACCAACAAGGUUUUAAAGAAAUAUACUAGAAUGUCACAGCCCGAGACAUCUCCAUUGGGCUUGCCAUUGCACACAAUGACUGUGCGUUUGCUUGAAAUUGUGCUAGAUGAAGAAGUUAGGACAUUUGAUAUGUCAGAAUUUCAACCACUGCUGAGGACUGCACAAUAUCGACCACAGCAAGGGAUUCCUGAAGUAUGGGAACUUGUACUUGGCAGAUGUCGAGGGUUGCGCAAAUUCUCAUUGCCACCAUUGCUGUCAAGCACGCUUGGCAUCAACAUGAACGAUUUUCUGAAGUCCGUGGCUCGUCAAUGUAAUAAACUCACAGAAAUUGUAUUGAAAGAUGCUGUUCAUGAUGGAAGGGUGCUUGCAGCAAUUUCUAGACAUUGUCCGUCUGUAAGACUCCUUGAUCUUACAGGAUCGAACAUAACAUGCAUGGACAUUCUUUAUCUAGUCUUCCCAGGUACAGGUGAGGUACCUCGUGCAUUCUUACCCGAUGAAAUGGCACGUCUAAAACGCUUAGCUAUGCAGCCUGUUCCAAUUCAGAAUCAGUCAUACAAUGCCCUGUGUGGCACUAUGAGAGACCUUAUUCUAACUAACACAAAAGUACGGGCUCUUGGUGCUUACUUUGCCCUCAAGUUUAUGCCCAAUAUUACCUCGCUUGGGGAUUUUGUAUUCGCAACAGCAGGGCUCAAAAAAUUCUGGCAAGAAUCUAAAUACAAAUUUGUGUUAAAACAGAUUUUCUACCGUGGCCCAUCAUGUGAAAAAGUCAAGUUAAUUGGAGCCACAUGCCCUGAUUUAGAAGUACUACACCUUGGAUCAGAUGAUGCAAAGAGACUGAAUUUUAAGCAUUUAUCAAAAUUACCAAAGUUGAGGAGUUUGACUGUUGAGUUAGCACAUGGAGUUGAAAUUGGUCCAGAACUAGCACAUUUGUCGCAACUUAGAGAAUUGCAGCUUCAAGUUCCUAAUGUAGACGUAGGUCUUAUUGCGGAUUCAUGUCCAUUGCUUCAAAAGUUGGUUUUAACACUGGAGCCUCAGAAAACUGUGACUCUCUCUCAUGAUAAAGAACACACAAUUCUGGGGCAUCUUCAAGAACUUCAGUUGGAAUGUCAAAUAUCAUUAGAUGUUGCAGCUUUACUCUUGACACGCUCUCCCAAACUCAAAGUUGUGAAAUUGGUCAGAGUGAAGAAACUCACGGACCGUGUUCUGGCAGAAUGGUUACAGAUCAACCCAUUCGAACACUUAGAAACAUGGCUUUUAGGAUACUCUCAGCUAACAAUAACGAGUGUGUCCUUAUUACUCUCACGCUGUCCGAGAUUGUCAACUCUUGGCCGAUUGUCGGGCUGGGAUGUUAGAUCGUGGGAGUCACGGCGUCUUCAACGUGCCUGGCAAAAUUAUGAACUGAAUUUAGUACAUUUUUCACGCAAACAAAAUGAUGUAUCCCAAAUAAUGGACGCUACUGUAAGCUCAGAUGAUGAACCACUUUAGAAAUCUCCACUUAAUUUUUGUUGUUAAAACGUAAGUCAAUUAAGAAGAUUCCAAAAUUGCAUCUGAUUUGCUUAAUAUGCAUGUUUGGGCUAUUAGCUAACAUACCCAGAUCUGGACUGUAAAUAGGCAAUUGUUGCUACUUCACCCCCUCCCUUUUGUUAAAGACCAUUUCUGUGUCCACCACUGUUACAUUCUGUUUUAAUUUUUGGUCAGCAUCAUUUUUGUGAGAAUUUCUGAGUGUUCUAAUAUUAUAUUUGCAAUUCAACCUAUCCCUAAUUAAUUGAAAUGUCUUUAUAAAAUGGGGGAAAUCGUCUGUUUUGUGUUGUUCAAGCCGCAAUAAUGAAAUUUUAUUCUAGAUAUCUACAACUUCUGUUUUUGUAAUUAGCAUUCUUUUAGAUACUGUUGUGUGAUAUUUUGAGUAGUUCAUUGAGGUAAUAAGACUCAUCCUAGAAUGGUGAUUGUAAUAAGCCCACUGAGAACCACUGUGCUUCCAUUAGUGCACCUCCCAAUUUUGUCAUCUAGACAGCUGCGAUUGGAAUCGAUGUCUUGUUUCACAUACUUCUGUUUGAGUAAUGUUUGUCUUUAUAGAGUUUGUGAUCUCUCAGUCUGUGAUAGAAUUGUUAUGGAAAGUAUUUGCUUUUGCCUCCAAUAUUUACACUGUAUUUGACUAAUGUAGCCUGAAUUACUUUUCAUCUAUACAAUAAACUUGUAUGCAACCUCCUUGUAA